AUCCGUGGAUGAGCAGGCCUGAGGCCCUAGAUAGGUAAGGGAGGAAGGGCUCCCAGGGGAGCAGGGAGGAGCCACUUGCCUGGAAAAAGUCACCCCGGGUUGGAUAAGGUCAAACCCUAAGUGCCAAGGCCUGCUGCACUCUCUCGGAACAGCUCUUGCUGCUGGACCGCAGAGGAACUGCACGGGCCUUUAUAUACACUUCUCAUCUCAGAGCUGCUGCCCCGGUGGUGAGGCCGGUGAGGCCGCUUCACCAGGAGGUUGGCUGCUUACCCUUUGGGGGCAGGGAAAUAGAAUUUCCUUCUCUAAUUAACAGCUCAGAGAAGUUAAGUAAAUAGCCCAUUGUUUGCUGUGACUCUAAUCAGUAAAGUAUUCCUAAGAAGGUUGCCAAGCAGCCAGUCCCCACUAUUUGUUUACUCUCAACAACCACCUACUUCCCAAACUGAUCUGCUCCCCCUGCCUUGUGCUGCACCGGAAGAGGGAGCUGGCUUAGGGGUGAAGAGGGGCAGGGGGAGCACUGGGAAUCUGAAAGCCUGCCUCUCAAGGGUGGCUUCCAGGGACCAAGCUGGUGCCCUAUGUAGGAAGGGGUGAAAAGAGGGCGGUGGGAACUUUCUAGAAGAGCUGAGGGGGAGAUGACCUCACAUGACAGCCACCUGCCCUGUGCAUUCGGGAGGCAAGCCGAAAUGGGUAAUCCUCCAAAGGAGCCUGUGGUCAGAGAGGGGAGGCAGGCACAUAAAAGUGUAAUUAAAAUUCGGUGUGAAUCAUGCAACACCAGGGCUGUGUUUGAGUUACACGGCCUUCAGGGAGUCCUCUCAUCUGUUGUCAGGGCAGGAAGGUGGCCCAGGAGGUGAGGCCCAAGCAGCAUCCUGGAGCACUAACCCAGCAUGGCAGUGCCCCCGGGUGUGUGGCUUGAAUCAAAGUGCCACAAGUUAUGUGAGAAGCCGCAGUGGUGGAAGCUGGAUCCCGAAAGAUCUGCCAACCAGGAUGAGGUGCUGGGAUUUCGUUCUGUAGGCAAAGAAUUGAAGGCAAGGAAAGCUGUGCCCGGCUGUGCUCCGGAGCUCACGCCAGUGGCAGAGGAAAUGGCGGAUUUAAAACCAGAGGCAGGAGCUGAUUUGGGAGCCCGUGUCCAGCAAAGAGACAGUGGGAAAGGAGGGCAGGCUGGAUGUGCAGGCUGCUCGGCCGUGGCCACAGCUGUUGGGAGGAGACGUGCUUCCCAAGUUCUGCCUUGGGGUGAUGGCGGGGUUGAUGGCUGGGUGCUGGCGCCAUCAGUGGAUUCAGAAAAGAACAGCUGGGAUGGCGGGACCCGUGUGACUAUCCGGUCCCACCUGUGGGUAGUGCCAUGCCGUGUGCAGCUCGAGAGAGCGGUGAGAGCAGGAGAGGAAGCAGACAGCGUAAGGAGGCCAUCGACCUGGGAACACCCCCAGAGAGUGACCAAGCAGAGGAGGAAAACUGGGAAGAAGCCUGGGGUGGAGAAGGGGGAGAUAAGGAUGACAUGGGCCAGGGGAGGGACAGCAAAAGCGGAAAGGAGGAAUCGUCAGGGCAAAUGCUGCCGCUGCUCCCCUCCUGCUGAGAAAGGACCGAAGGUGUCUGGGUGCAUUCAGGGAUCCAGAGGUGAGAUCAGGCUAUGGAGAUGGUGGAAGCGAAACCGGCUUAACUUACGUCACCAAAUUAAAUCGUGCCACUUCCCUGUGAUGUUGGGACUGCUUUGCCUGCAGUACAGAUGGGGACACUGAGGCAUGGCGAGUAGAGAGGGUGUUGCCUCUGUUCAGUGGACUUGCCCUGCACCUGGAUAGCCCAUUCUCUGUGUGGCCUCUGCAAUCCGACUAGGUUCUCUGAGCUGGUUCUCAGCACAGCGUUGAGUACAUUUGUCCUCCUGAUGCUAUUUUUAAAGUUUGAGGUCCAUGUUCAUAGACUCUGAUCGGGAAAAAUUAAAAAUGAAUGAUUGCGUGGCAUCAAAAAAAUCACUGCACCAUGUUUCUCUCAGUGGCAGAUGGUGUGUUUGUGAAGAGAACGAGCACGAAAUUCUAACAUACACAAGUGUCCAAAAUGAAAGGACCUACACAGUAGUUUGAGAGAUCUACUUAAAUGAUGUGUGUUCCAAUGGUCUGGAAUUCCAAUCUGUUCAUCUUCGGUUUUGUCCUGUUGGCCCAUAACCGGCCCGAGGUCAGCAGGGAAGCUGUUCAAGCAAAGGCACAAACAUUUAGGAAAGGCACCUGCUGUGCGGAUCCCUUCUUCCAGACUACUCGGAAGUGUGCCAUGCUUUCUCUCCCUUUAUUGAAAAGCACAGGGGGGAAUGGAGCUAAGUUUUCUGAACCGGUACCGGUAGGAGAUGCUACCCGGCUCAAGUGUGGCUGCAAUUUUUGAAGUUCUUCCAAGACAUCUUGUGCCUUACUCUGUUCCCUCCCCUUCCUGCUGUUUUGCAGAUAGACCCGCUAGGGAAUUGUAUGGCAGGAAGGCGUGAUUUUCUUUAGUUAGCCCUCUAUUCCUGGUUUGUGCAGCACCUGGGUGCAGCCUGCAGCCCUGGGGGUCAGUUCAGCUCCAUCAUCUGAACCAUGAGGAUCUGGUUACUCCUGCUUGUCACUGGAAUCUGCAUGGGAAACGUGAACUCGCAGGACACGUGCAGGCAAGGGCACCCUGGCAUCCCUGGGAAUCCCGGUCACAAUGGUUUGCCUGGGAGAGACGGACGAGAUGGAGCAAAGGGCGACAAGGGCGAGGCAGGAGAACCAGGACAUCCUGGUGGUCCAGGGAAGGAUGGAAUGAAUGGAGAGAAAGGAGAGCGAGGAGCAGAUGGAAAAGUUGAAGCCAAAGGCAUCAAAGGCGAUCAGGGCUCACGAGGACCCCCGGGGAAACACGGGCCAAAGGGAUUUGUUGGUCCCAUGGGAGAGAAAGGCCUCAGGGGAGAGACUGGCCCUCAAGGGCAAAAGGGGGAUAAAGGCAGUGUGGGGCCCACCGGUCCAGAAGGGCUAAAGGGCAGCAGUGGGCCUUCGGGCCCAAUGGGUCUACCUGGCCCCGUGGGCCCCAUUGGGAAGCCUGGCCCCAAGGGAGAUGCUGGGCCCUUGGGACCCCAGGGAGAGCCAGGAGUCCGGGGAAUGAGAGGCUGGAAAGGGGACCGAGGCGAGAAAGGGAAAAUCGGUGAGACUCCAGUCUUGCCCAAGAGUGCUUUCACGGUGGGGCUCACGGUACUGAGCAAGUUCCCUACUUCAGAUGUGCCCAUUAAAUUUGAUAAGAUCCUGUAUAAUGAGUUCAAUCAUUACGACGUAGCCACGGGGAAGUUCACCUGCCACAUUGCCGGGGUCUAUUACUUCACCUACCACAUCACGGUUUUCUCCAGGAACGUUCAGGUGUCUCUGGUCAAAAAUGGGGUGAAAAUACUGAACACCAAGGACGCUUACAUGAGCUCUGAGGACCAGGCAUCGGGCGGCACGGUGCUGCCGCUGAAGUUGGGGGACGAGGUGUGGGUGCAGGCAGCAGGAGGGGAGAGGUUCAAUGGCUUGUUCGCAGACGAGGACGAUGACACGACUUUCACAGGCUUCCUUCUGUUUGGCAGCCAGUGAUGGGGAGGCGUGUCGGGCUCUGCCUCCCCAGCCCUCGGAGCGGGCGUGGUGAACCCGUCAUCAGAUGAUUCUGCUCUAUGAAUCACUCUCAUUGUCAUAAUCAGAGAGAGGCAACAAUAGGAACGUUAUUCCUAAAGCUGAUUUUAUGUGACUUACUUAUGUGCUGUUUCCAAGAGUAAGUUUAAAAAUGCUUGCAUUGGGGUGCCUGGCUGGCUCAGUCGGGGGAGCAUGUCGUUCUUGUCUCAGGGUUGUAAGUUCGAGUCCCAUGUUGGUAUAGAGAUUACUUAAAAUCUGGGGGCGCCUGGCUGGCUCA